UAUUCGCUCCAUUUCCUCUAUCUCUUGAAUUAUGUUUUUUUUUCUUGAUUUCCUUACCUUAUGGGAGACAUUUCAACUAAAGUCUUUGUUACACCUCUAUUAUGAGUGUUCCCUACAAAGACCUUUUGACUUAUCUUAUCAUACAGCAAUCACUCACUUAUCGUACGUCAUACGACUUUAGAGUGUUCUGAUUAAUGAUUAUUAGAGACUUGGACUUUUCUGAAUAUGCAAAUCAUGUCUUGUUGAAUUUAUUAUAUAAACGGUGGAAGCAUUUGCAUUAAAAUCACAAAUCAUUAAAAAAAAAUGAAGGGGAGGUUUUUCUUGGGAAAAUAUUUGAUAUGGGUGAUAUUAGUGUUGGGUCAGCUACAUGGAUACAACGGCUGUGUUGAAAAAGAAAGGAAGGCUUUGUUGGAGCUCGAGAAAUACAUAAUUUCAAUUACUAUUGAAGAGUAUUCCGACUAUGCUCUCCCUACUUGGACUUACAACACAAAGAGCGAUUGCUGCCGUUGGGAGGGAGUUAAGUGCAAUCGUACAAGCAAACGAGUGACCGAGAUUGCCUUUGGAACACUAAGCCUCAAAGAGAAUUCUCUCCUAAAUCUUUCUUUGCUGCAUCCUUUUGAAGAUAUUCGUAGUCUGAACUUAUCCAGGAACGACUACUACUACAACCAGUUCAGUGGCUUAUUUGAUGAUGUUGAAGGUUAUAAAACCCUAAGGAAAUUAAGAAAGCUGGAGAUUAUGGAUCUCUCUAGAAAUAGAUUCAAUAACAGUAUCUUUCCCUUUCUUAAUUCUGCUAUAUCUCUCAAAACUCUUUUUCUUGGGGAUAACAACUUUUAUGGUGGCCCUCUUCCUGCUAAAGAACUUAAAGAUCUGACAAACUUGGAAUUGCUGGACCUGAGUGGCAACAGAUUUAAUGGUUCUAUACCAGUACAAGAGUUAUCUGCCCUGAGCAAGCUGAAAUCUUUGGAUCUAAGUCGUAACGAAUUUUCUGAACUAUCAAAAUUGCAAGGCAAGUUUGUCAAAUGUUUGUCAAUUGCAUUUAUCCAAAAUAAGAGGUUCUGUUUGCACUUUGCAGGUUAUAAAAGUGUAAGGAGAUUAAGAAACUUAAAGAUCCUAGAUCUCUCUGAAAAUAAUUUCGACAACAACAUAUUUUCCUUUCUCAGUGCUUUGACAUCACUCACAACUCUGUUUCUUAGGUCCAACUACAUCGGUGGCCCUUUUCCAGUUAAAGAAUUUAAAGAUUUGACAAACUUGGAACUGCUAGACCUGAGUAAAAACAAACUUAAUGGCUCCAUACCAAUGCAAGAGUUAUCUGCCCUGAAGAAACUGGAAGCUCUGGAUUUAAGUGAUAAUAAAUUUUCUGGCUCAAUAGAAUUGCAAGGGAUUUGCGAAAUGAAGAAUAUGCAAGAUCUUGAUCUCAGUGGAAACAAACUAGUAGGUCAGUUUCCUUUGUGCUUAACUAGGCUGACUGGACUUCAAGUUCUUGAUCUCUCAUCAAACCAAUUAAAUGGGAAUGUGCCAUCUGCUCUCGGUAAACUUGAAUCCCUCAAGUACUUAUCAUUGUCUGAUAACAACUUUGAAGGCUCCUUCCCACUUGAUUCGCUCGCCAACCUCUCAGAGUUGAGGUUAUUCAAACUUAGUUCAAGAUCCAACUCAUUUAAAGUAGAAUCUGGAAGUUCUUGGAGGCCAAAAUUUCAACUGAGUCAUAUUUCCCUACCAUCUUGCAACUUGGUAAAGGUUCCUCAUUUUCUUCUAUACCAGAAGGAUUUGAGUCACAUUGAUCUUUCUGACAAUACAAUUUCUGGAAGUUUUCCUACUUGGCUAUUGGCAAACAAUACAAAACUCGAAGUUCUCCUUCUACAAAAUAAUUCAUUUACUAGCUUUCAGCUACCAAAUUCUGCUCAUAAACUGCUUUUCAUGGACGUGUCAUUGAAUGAAUUCAAUCAUCUAUUUCCAGAGAACAUUGGAUGGGUACUUCCUCAUUUAGUGUAUAUGAAACUAGCUAAUAAUGGGUUUCAAGGAAAUCUGCCAUCUUCUUUAGGUAACAUCAAAAGUAUUGAAUUUCUGGAUUUAUCUCACAACAACUUUCAUGGGGAGCUACCAAGAAGUUUUGUUAUGAAUGGUUAUUUCUUGAAAUACUUGAAGCUGUCACAUAACAAACUAAGCGGAGAAGUGUUUCCAGAAUUUGUCAACUUUACUGUUUUAUGGGAGCUUUCUAUGGAUAACAAUAUGUUUACUGGAAAGAUUGGAGAAGGUUUGCGGAACACAAAAUACUUGCAGCUACUUGACAUUUCAAACAACAAUCUCACAGGUGUUAUUCCAAGCUGGAUUGGCGAAUUUCCAUCCUUAGUGGCGCUACAGGUUUCAAACAACUCGUUGGAAGGUGAGAUACCUAUUUCUUUGUUCUAUUUGCCCUAUCUUCUGCUCAUGGACCUAUCUGCAAACAUUUUAUCUGGGGACAUAUCUCCGCGUGUCAAAUCAAAUGAUCUAACAUUUUUAUUCCUUCAAGACAAUCAUUUAUCAGGAGAAAUUCCAUACACGUUGGUGGAGAAUCUCUAUGUACUUGAUCUGAGAAAUAACAGAUUGUCUGGAAAUAUUCCGCAGUUCACCAGCACCCAAAACAUCCAUACUCUUCUUCUUCGGGGGAAUAACUUAACAGGCAGUAUUUCUCGCCAGUUGUGUGGUCUAAGAAACAUCCAACUUCUUGAUCUUGCCAACAAUAGAUUGAAUGGAUCCAUACCUUCAUGCCUCAAAAAUACAUCCUUUGGUUUUGGGAAAAAGUAUACUUUAUAUGAUGAUGAUUACAGCAAUCUUUUCAUAGGUGGUGGUACAUCGUUCAUUGGUUUCUCUCCGCAAAAAGACUUCGGUGUAAACGAGUUUCAAGAUACUAUAUAUUUCAGAUCUCGCAUUCUGCUACAUCCGUUUCAGAUGUCAUACAGUUCAGCCAUCGGUAUGAAAAUUGAAUUUGCAGUGAAACACCGAUACGAUGCUUACGUAGGUAAAAAUCUCAAUUUAUUGUUUGGACUGGAUAUCUCCGAAAAUGAGCUUAGCGGUAAUAUCCCAUCAGAGCUUGGAAGUCUUCUGGAACUACAAGUGUUGAAUGUUUCUCACAACAACUUAUCAGGAUUGAUACCAGAAAGCUUUUCAGGUCUCAAGAAUGUAGAAAGCCUUGAUCUCUCCUUCAACAAGUUACAAGGCCUGAUCCCACAAGGACUAACAAAGCUGAGCGGCCUCGCGGUCUUCAAUGUCUCGUUCAACCAUUUAUCAGGAGUCAUUCCCCAAGGAUCACAGUUUAACACCUUUGAUACGCUAAGCUUUGUAGGUAAUCCUCUUCUUUGUGGAAAACCAACCAACAGAAGCUGCGGUGGAAGUACCUUUCAAGAACCAGACAAUGGAGUGAAGGAUGAUGAUGAGAGCCAAAUCGACAUGGUUUCUUUCUAUUGGAGUUUUCUUGCACCUUAUGUGACCAUACUUCUUGGAAUAUUCUCAUCUCUCUCUUUUGACUCUCCUUGGAGGAGAUUCUGGUUCUACGUCGUUGAUGUUUUCAUCCACAAGGUGAGGAAUUUGUUGUGCUAAAAAACUACUGUUGCUGCCGAUUCCAUUAAUGUGCCAUAUAUGUUGUUGUUGUCCUUCUCUAAACCUCAUGCUUUGUUUCACAUCUUGUGUUUGGUUUCUAUCUUUGAAUAGAUGUAAUGCUCAAACUAUCUUAGAGCUGAUUUUGGUUGUUGUGGAAAGUUUAUAUUACUAAAACAUCAUGAUUUAAUU